UGCAGCUGCUGCUUCCUCAUUAGGGACGGGACAGGAACAGAAAGCAUGGCCUGGCACAGACUGAAUCAAGGACAAGAAGAUUUCCUGCAGGAAGUGACACUCUCCACACUUAGGCUCAAAGUGCUUCCCCCUUCUCUUCUGCAAAAUUACCACAUAGAGAGCUUGAAUUUGGACAGGAACAAAUUAAAACAUCUCAAUGGGAUUUCAAAGCUUUGCAACCUGAAAACACUGAUUUUGUCUAAAAAUGAAAUAACAGACUUCCCAGAGGAAAUCAAAAAGUUGGUUCAUCUGGAGAAGCUAGAACUCAAUCAGAAUCAAAUUAGAAUAAUCCCAGAAGGGAUCUUUUCCUGUUUUGCCAAGCUGAAGCAUCUCCGGUUGAAUAACAACCGCCUAGAUGUCCUUCCCAAAGACCUGGCUGCCUGCAGUGGCACUCUACAAUACCUCAACCUGUCCAACAACUUAUUCCUAGCCAUCCCUCCGGUGGUCUUGGAACUUAAAAGGUUGCAAGAGUUCUAUGUGCAGAAUAAUAUGGUGCGCCAGCUUCCUGCGGAGUUGUUCAAAGAACUGUCACUGAAGAUGUUCAAGGUCAAUGGGAACCCACUGAGGGAACCUCCAUAUGAAGUCUGUGCGGGAGGCAUCAAGCAAAUCAUAAGUUACUUCGACCAACUGCAGAAUUGCCCAGCUGAAGAGGACAGGAGAGUAAAAACAAUGUUUCUGGGAACAUCCUUGGCAGGGAAGUCGACCAUUUGCAAAAGCCUUAAGGAAAGACAAGUUAUUUGUAUACCAGAAGAAGAGAGGACAGUUGGGAUAGAGAUCAGUAAGUUCCAGAUCCAAGAUUUCACCUUUCUCUUUUGGGACUUUGCUGGCCAGUUGGAGUACUAUGUGACCCAUCAUGUGUUCAUCACCCCACAGGCUCUUGUCAUCUUGGUCAUUAAUUUUCAGCAAUACCAACUUAGUAAUGACUCUUUCAAAGAACUUGUUGAGUUUUGGAUCAACAAUCUCUUCAUGAGAGUGCCAAACUCUGUGGUCCUUCCAGUUGGGACUCACAUAGAUUCCUGUUGUGAGAGGGAGGUAGAAGAGAAGAAACAGCACAUCAUGAGCAAGAUCCAAGCUAUGUUGGAGGAGAGGAAGACCAGGUUGGCCCACUUCAUUGCCAAUGUGGAGAACAAUGAGGAAUCAGAAUUCUAUGCGGACCAGUGGAAUAGACUGAAGGAAAUGGAGAGCUGCAGCCUAACGAUCCCACAAGGUAAUGACAUCAUUUCUGGAGUGGCCAUCAUCACAUCUGAGAUGCUGAUGGUCCCUCCCCCACUUCUCCUGGGAAUUUCUUCCACCUCCCAGUAUUUGAUCUUUUCUGCUACUCUUUUCACCAUCUAUGUGAAACUACUGGGUGAGGUGGUACAGAGAUUGGGGCUGGAUUGUCACCAAUAUGCAGGUGACACUCAACUUUUCUUUGCCUUUCUGGUUGACCCCAUGGAGGCUGCAGAAACCCUGAACCAGUGCCUGGAGGCAGUCCUGGAGUAG